AUGCAAGCAUCGCAUAUACAACCCACUGAUGAUAUCUUUAAUUCCAACGAUCCUCGAAUAAAAGAGGAUGUAUUAGCGAUCAUUAUGCAAUAUUUGCAAGAUGAAGGCUACCAUGCUGCUCAAUCAGUCCUGUACGAUGAAGCCAAUGUGAAACGGAAAGAAAGAGAAGAACGUACACUUGAAGUCAAAAGACUCAAGAAAGCCAUUUUGGACGGGGACUGGCAAGAAGUAGAAAAACUAUGUACAAAGCCAUUAGUAAAGAAUCACCGAUCGUUUCUUUAUUCUGUAUAUAAACAACAAUACCUCGAAUAUCUUGAGCGAAGAGAGAUACAAAAAGCUUUUACUUUUCUCAACAAACGCUUAAAACCACUUGAACAUUUCCAGACAAAACCAAACGAAUUCAAAGACAUGUGUUAUCUCUUGACAGCCAAGUCGAUUCAUGAAGCACCUAGUUUUAAGCACUGGGAAGGUAUCAUGGCCUCAAGAGAAAGCCUGGUGGAUCAGUUACAGAACAUGCUUGAGUUUGAAUCAGCAGACCGAACAGGUCACCGUCAUAUUCCACCAGAUCGUCUAUUGACUCUGUUACGACAGGCAGUUGCCUAUCAAAUCGAAUUCUCUCGGUAUCAUCCCAAGAUUGCACCGACAGUCAAUACAUUGCUAGACGAUUAUUCUAGUUUUGUGAUACCCAAUGCCAUUGAAGCUACAUUAGAAGGACAUUCAGGCAAUGUAAAGUGCCUUGAAUUCAUUGGUCCUGAAGGGAAACGUAUUGUGUCCGGUUCAAGUGACAAUACACUCUGUAUUUGGGAUACAGAGACAUCGGAAUGCCUAGAUGUCUUGGAGGGGCAUCGGUCGCGUGUAUGGGAUCUAUCGACUACGUAUGCAGGUGAUUUUGUUGCCAGUGCCAGUGGUGAUGCCACUGUCAAGAUUUGGAACCUUAAGAAUGCGAAAGCCCAGUGUACGACCACCUUGAAUGGGCAUGCAGGCGAUGUUUAUUCUGUUCGGUACCAUCCCAAUGAGACGCAUGUAGUAACAGGGGGCUAUGAUAGAACAGUCAAGCUAUUUGAUGUCAAUACAGGUGCCAUUGUCAAGUCAUUUCCUGGCCAUCAAUUGGCUGUGACCAAGACGAUUUUUAACCCUUUAGGCAAUCUUGUCGUGAGUGGAUCCAAAGACAAUACGAUCAAAUUCUGGGAUAUUGUGUCUGGUCUAUGUAUUCGCACCAUUUCUUCUCAUUUAGGUGAAGUGACUUCAGUUGAAAUGAAUGCAAGUGGCACACUGUUACUCAGCAGUUCAAAAGACAAUUCGAAUCGUUUAUGGGAUGUACGCAUGGUGCGUCCGAUUCGUAAACUGAAAGGACACCAGAACACGUCCAAGAAUUUCGUCCGAGCCAAUUUUGCAGACAAUAAUCUGAUUGUAGGCGGAAGUGAGGACGGGAUUGUGUAUAUCUGGGAUCAAGAGACAGGUGAAGUACUACAGAAACUAAGAGGCCAUGCGGGUGUUGUGUAUGAUGUUGCUUGGAAUGCUAAACAAGGUAUGCUGGCCAGUUGCAGUGAUGACCAAACAGUCAAAGUAUGGUGGUAUGAUGAUUCGGUAAGUUGCAUAGAUCACUUGAAAUCCGAUAUUCAUGUAUUUUUAGAUUCCAUUAGAUAUUUAAAUAAACGCAUUUCUUUUUCUUUAUUUUAUUUUUUCUUAUGGAAGCAAGUAUUCCUUUGGACAUAA